CCCCCGUGUCCCCACAGAACUUCUCUGGGUACGACGUGUGCAGCAUCCUGCUGGGGACCUCCACGCUGCUCGUCUGGGUCGGGGUCAUCCGAUACCUCACCUUCUUCCAGAAGUACAACAUCCUCAUCGUCACUCUCCGGGUGGCCCUUCCCAACGUGAUCCGUUUUUCCUGCUGCGUGGCCGUGAUCUACCUGGGCUACUGCUUCUGUGGCUGGAUCGUGCUGGGCCCCUACCACGUCAAGUUCCGGUCUCUGUCCAUGGUGUCCGAGUGCCUGUUCUCCCUCAUCAACGGCGACGACAUGUUCGUGACGUUUGCGGAGAUGCAGCAGCACAGUCACCUGGUGUGGCUGUUCAGCCAGGUCUACCUGUACUCCUUCAUCAGCCUCUUCAUCUACAUGGUGCUCAGCCUCUUCAUCGCCCUCAUCACCGGCUCCUACGAGACCAUCAAGCACCAGUGUGAGGGUGACCCCCUGGUGUCCCAGCUCCAUCUCCUGACCUGUCCCCAUGUCCCUUGUCCCCAGCACCAGU